GUCGCAGGAGGAGACGACUUCACUCAGUGAUUGACAGCGGAGGGGGCAGAGCCAACAGUCUUCAGAGAGCAGCCAUGUUGGUUCUGGUCCAGUUACUGAUGAUGAUGAUGAUGAUGAUGAUGAUGAUGAUGAUGAUGAAGAGUGAGGUUGUCUCAGAGAACAUCACUGUGACUGCACAGAGUGGUGACCCCGUCCUGCUGUCCUCAGACCAGCUGAAGACCAGGACAGACGACAGGUGGGACAUCAGGUGGACUCACCUCCAUUUGAUGUUGUCGCUGAAGAAUAACGUGACCACGUGUCACCACGGACGCUGCAACCUGCUGAGUGACGGCUCGCUGAGGUUCACCACGGUUCAGCCUGAAGACGCUGGAAACUACAGCCUGGAGGUGUUUCACAGGAACGGAAACAUUCUGAUGAGGACGCACUUCCUGCUGAGGGUGGAAGUGAAGAGUUCACACAUGUGGCUGUGGAUCUGUUGCCUCCUCCUGGUCUUACUGCUGCUUGUCUUCAUCAUCCUCUUUGUCCUGAGGAAGAGGAAUCAGAAGAAGACCACACGUAACAAGGAGGAAAACGUUUAUAUACCAAUGCACAGUUACCAUGGCAACAAGAGGACAUUUGGCAAGCAGGAGGGAGGGGAGGAGUCUCCUUAUGUUCCUUGUAAUCCCGCUGGUUCCAUGAAAACGUUGAUUUCACAGCAGAUGUCUAUGGAUGCAGAAGACGUCUACGAGUGACAACCAAUCAGAGGUCACCUGGAUAUCACAAAUCACUUUUAUUCAGAGGCUUCGACUGAAGCUUACCAGAUUAGAAACCCUUCUUGUGAUAAGCUCCCAUCAUCAGCGGAGUACCUUAAUGCUCCAUUUUAAAGGGAUAGUUCACCCAGAAAAUUCCCCCAUU